AUGCCCCCCAAAGUGGCAGCCCGGCAAGUCAUAAGGCGCCUGGAGGCCUCCGUCAGCCGCCUUCGAUCAGUCAUCCAAGUCCUGGCGCAGCAGCAGGCCGUGCUCAAAGCGCGCAGCGCCCUCGCUGACGCCGCCGUCGAGCACUGCACGGCGCUGCUGGCCCUCGGCGGCGCGCUGAAGCGGCUGCGCGCGGGCCACAUCGGCCCGAUCACCCUAGUCGCGCCCCCGCCAGUGGCCGUCGCCGGCGCGCCUGCGCCCGCGGCGUCAGCCGGCUCCCCGCCGCCGCAGCAGCAGCCGCCGGCGCUGCCGCCCGGCGGCCCCCCGUCGCCGACCACCGCCUGCGCCGAGCUGCUGCUGCGCGUGCGCGCCGAGCAUGUAGCAGCGGGCGGCGUCCUCCGCGCCUGCCCAGACCACGAGCAAGCGUGCCCCGACGACGCCGCGGCGCCGCACAUCGGCUGGGACCCCACGCGCGCCGCCCAGGCAUUCACCGACGGCGGCGUCGACCUCACCACCGCCGGCCUCCGCCGCGCGGCGCGCGACUUCGUGCGCGCCGCGUCGGUGCUGUGCCCGCGCAUCCGCAGCUGCGCGCCCGACGCCGGCGACGCGGUGCGGCGGCUGGGGCACGCGCGGGCGCGGUUCCUCGAGCUCCCCGUGCACAUGAUGCUCAGCGGGAACCUGCUGCCGCUCAGCGACUUCUUGUUCGACUCUUUGGAUAUAGACGACCCGCUCGUCAGCAAGGAGGAGCGCGCGCGGCGGCAGCCGUCGAGCGAGGUGCCGGUGUCCCACUGGAUCUGGGCGGCGAGGCAGCUGCGGUGGCAGGCCGACCAGGAGGAGACGGUGUACGCCGCCCUGCAGACCCACGUGCAGCGGAUGGCCACGAUGCAGGCGCAGAUGCAGCGGCUCCUCGAGCAGGUCUGCGCAGCGGAUGACAUCGUGGCGCGGGACGAGGCUAUGCGGGAGCUGGGGGUGAUCCAGAGGAACUCGCAGAUGGAGUGCACCGUCACCAUGCUGUGCGUGUACGCGUCGCUCACCAAGGCCCACCAAUUUGGAGAGUACCUCGUCGCAGCCUGGCCGUACAUGCCGAGCCUCUCGGGGCUGUACAACGCGAUGACACUGCUGCGGGAGGAGCGCCGCCGCCGCCAGCGCGGGCUGCACUUUGAAGCAGAGGAGGUGGAUGCUGACGCGGACCCCGCGGCGAUGAUGCGGCGCCACAACGAGCUGCAGCAGGCGGCGGCCGCGAGCGAGCAGGCCGCGAGCUCGGACCAGCGGCUCACGGCGCUCUCGAGCGACGCCACCGCGCCGGUGUGCCCCUGA